AUGUCAGAUCCUGAGCUGGAGUUCGGGGCCGUCGAGUCCGGCGCCUCGGCCACGUACCCCAUGCAGUGUUCGUCCCUGCGCAAGAAUGGCUUCGUGGUGCUCAAGGGCCGCCCCUGCAAGAUUGUGGAGAUGUCCACCUCCAAGACGGGCAAGCACGGCCACGCCAAGGUCAACCUUACUGGCAUUGACAUUUUCACCCAGAAGAAGUAUGAAGACAUGUGCCCCUCCACCCACAACAUGGAUGUCCCCUCCAUCAAGAGGAUAGACUAUCAGUUGGUCAACAUCAACGAGAACUUCAUGUCCCUGAUGGCCGACAACGGCGACGUCCGGGAGGACCUGCGCGUUCCCGAUAACGAAGUGGGCAAGGAAAUCGAGAGCAAGUUCGAGGCGGGCGACGAAUUUAUGGUGACGGUGAUGUCCGCCAUGGGGGAGGAGUGCGCCGUGGCCACCAAGGUCCUGACCAACAAAUAA